UGUUGAGAGCCGGCCACAGAAUGCAACAAAGUAUAAUACUAUAAAGCAAUUAGCUUUGGUGCUUUCAGUAGACACAAACCAUUCACCAUCAACCCCAAAAACAAUUGUGUUGCUUGCUUCUUAUAUUGAAGCUUUUUUUUAUUUCUUUUAUGGAGAUAGAAUCUGUGAGAUGCGAGUGUUGCGGAUUGAUGGAAGACUGCACACAAGCGUACAUUAGUGAAGUCAAAUCUAACUUUGACAACAAAUGGCUCUGUGGUCUCUGCUCAGAGGCCGUGAGAGAGGAAGUGAGUCGCCGGAAGAUGACUACCAUUGAUGAAGCUGUUAGGGCUCACAUGUCCUUUUGUGGGAAGUUUAAAGAUAAUCCGGCGGUUCUUGUCGCCGACGGUAUGAGGCAGAUGCUAAGGAGGAGAUCCGGCGACUUGACUUCCUCUGCUUCCAAGAAAGUUGGCAGAUCUAACUCCACCAAGCUGUACUAGUUAAUUAUCUUUUUUUGUUUGUUUUGUUAAUUGAUUAAUGUAUAAUAAAUAUUUGAUGCUUUUUGUU